UUUUUUUAGACCCUUGUCUCAAAUAUUUUCUUCAUACAAAGUUGUUUCACUUAUAUCCUAUAAACAUAGCUAGAGAAAAGAAAAAAAAAAAUUCAAGAAAAUCAAAAGUCCUUUUGUUGUUGAAUUAAAUCAAAGAAGAUUUGUUUGUUUUGAUUUAGAAAUGGGAAGGCCUCCUUGUUGUGAAAAAAGUGGGGUGAAAAAAGGGCCAUGGACACCAGAAGAAGAUAUCAUUUUGGUUUCAUACAUUCAAGAACAUGGCCCUGGAAACUGGAGAAAUAUUCCAACUAAUACUGGUUUGCUAAGAUGCAGCAAAAGUUGUAGACUUCGAUGGACUAAUUAUCUCCGGCCAGGGAUCAAACGUGGAAACUUCACUGAACAUGAAGAAAAAAUGAUCAUCCAUCUUCAAGCUCUUCUUGGCAAUCGAUGGGCAGCUAUAGCUUCAUACCUUCCGCAAAGAACAGACAACGAUAUCAAGAAUUACUGGAACACUCAUUUGAAAAAGAAGCUUAAUAACAACAAGAAGGUUGAAGGUCAUGAUGAUCGUCAAGAAGGAACUUCAGCAUCAUCAUCAUCAUCUCAAUCAAAAAUCAUAAAAGGACAAUGGGAAAGGAGGCUUCAAACUGACAUUCACACUGCUAAACAAGCUCUUUGUGAUGCUUUGUCACUUGAUACAACUCCAAAUAACAAAAACAACAAUAAUAAUCCACCUCCUCAUGAUCAGGAUCAACAACCACCAUCAGUUCAAACACCUACUACCUAUGCUUCAAGUGCUGAAAACAUUGCUAAGUUGCUUCAAAAUUGGAUGAAAAAUUCACCCAAAUCGACCUCGUCUAGUAGCUCGAAAAUUACUUAUAUGUCAUCCUUGAACAACAAUUUAUCAAUCGGUGCAGUUUCAAGUUCUAGCCCUAGUGAAGGGACGGUAAAUGUUACUCCUGGACAAGGUUUGGACUCUAUCUUUAGCUUUAAUUCAUCUAAUAAUUCGGAUGUUUCGCAAUCCGUAUCGGUCGAUGAGGGUGGUAAUUUCAGUACACCUGAGAAUCAUAACAACAACAACAACAACAAUGCUGGGAUUUAUCAAGUUGAAAGCAAGCCAAAUUUGCCCGAUUUCAAGCCAGAAAAUGGGAAUUUUCAAGAGGAGAGUAAGCAAAAUAUGGAGACACAACAAGUGCCUUUAACUAUGCUGGAGAAAUGGCUACUUGAGGAUGCUAAUGCACAAGCUGAACAAGAAGAUCAGUUAAUGGGAAUUGGAAUGGGAAUGGGAAUGACCUUAGCUGAAACUAAUGAUUUGUUUUGAAGAAAACAAAAAAAAAAAAUAGUUUACUAGUACUCCCUUCGUUUCAAUUUAUCUGCCUUGAUUUGACUGAGCAUGAAGUUGAAGAAAAAAAUAAGUAAAACGGAUAAAUUGAAACGCAGGGAGUAGUAAAUAUUUCUUCAAAACAACAUAGGACAGUUUGGGGUAGUUGGUCUUUUUGGGUUAUUUUAAUUAGUUGGUACUAGUUAGGAUUUGGAGUACUACUCCAUAGGUUUUAUUUAAGUACUUUACUUUAUAUAUAGCCAGAGCAGAUCUAAACUCUGAUAUUUGCAAGAACAUAUAAAGUGUAUAUUUCAUGUAACUUUGAAACUUGCAUAUGUAUUAAGUAGCUAGGUAAAUAAUGAACCCUCCCCCAGUACUCUUUAAAGAGCUGCUUCAA